AAAAAAACCUUUGGUUGCAGAGAAUCGAAGAACAGAAAAUACUUCAGUGAGCCACCGUUCCUUCGGGGGAGAAAACCCAAAAAGAAAAAGGGUAGAGAAGAGAAGAAGGAAGAAAAAUGAAAAAAUGGGAAAAAGGAAAGAGGAAGGAGCUUGAACUUUGAGUAUUUAAGUUUUGUAAGUUUGAACUUUGGAAGAGAGAUGGAAAGAGAAGAAAAAAGUGGAGAUGGGGCAGCAGAAAAGCAGGAAUUUCUAGGGAUAAAGUUGAAACGCGGGAUUUUGGUAGGGAAAAGAGGGGGCCCUUGCACUCCAGUGCCCACCUGGAAAUUUGAGGGUGCGCAAGAUACCACCAUUAAAGACCCUCUCCCUCUACCUCCCACGGUCUCUGCUAGAAAGCUCGCUGCAAACCUUUGGGAGCUCCAUUACUUGCCUCUUUCUGAAAUGAGUAAGGGUGAUCUCAAGCUUCGCCGCCACAAAAAUAAGGGACUUGAGCUUCCAACCCAUUUGGCCGAUCCUUCUCAUAGUCCUCCCCCUGCCCAGCCGGCAAGUGCUAGUAGUUUGAGGAGGCAUGUUGCAGCAUCUCUGAUGCAGCACCAUCAGUCAAUUGAAAGGAAUGGCCGUGCUCUACAGCCUCUUUCUCCCGCAAGUUACAGUAGUUCAUUGGAGCUGGCAGCUUAUAACCCUGGCCCGGCUUUCACUCCUACUAGUUCUUUAGACCUCAAGGGAAGGCUUGGGGAGGCUGGUUAUAGCCUUAAAACAUCUACAGAGUUACUGAAGGUAUUGAACCGGAUUUGGAGCCUUGAAGAACAGCAUACAUCCAAUAUAACACUGGUUAAAGCACUUAAAAUUGAAUUGGAUCAUGCUCGAACUCAGAUCAAAGAGUUGCUGCAUGAACAGCAAGCAGACCAACAGGAAAUAAAUGAGUUGAGGAAGCAAGUUGCUGAGAGCAAAGUGGUCAGAAAGAGCAAGGAGCAAGACCGCAUCAAGCUUGCAGUUCAGUCUGUCAGGGAUGAGCUAGAAGAUGAGAAGAAGUUAAGAAAGCGGUCAGAGAGCCUGCACCGGAAGUUAGCACGAGAGCUGUCAGAGGUUAAAUCUGCCUUCUCAAAGGCCCUGAAAGAACUUGAAAGAGAGAGAAAAGCAAGGGCUUUGUUAGAAGACCUAUGUGAUGAGUUUGCUAGGGGAAUAGGAGAUUAUGAUCAGGAAGUGCGGACCCUGAAACACAAAUCUGAUAAGGAUUGUGGUGGCAGGGAUGACCCUGACAGAUUGGUCCUUCAUAUUUCCGAGGCAUGGCUCGAUGAGCGGAUGCAGAUGAAGCUUGCAGAAGCACGUUGUGAUCUCACUGAAAAGAAUACAAUGGUGGACAAGUUAAGCUCUGAAAUAGAGACCUUUCUUCAGGCGAAACGAUCUGGUAGUUCUAAAAGCAACGAUGUCUGCCCUAAAGAUCACAAGGAGAGCUGCUUGCGUCGCCAUUCUCUUGAGUCUGUCCACUUGAAUGAGGCUGUUAGUGCACCUAAAGAUGCAGAAGAUGAAAAAGAUUCUAUUGGUAGUGAUUCACACUGUUUUGAAAUAAACAAGAGUAUCAAGGACAAGGAAACAAAUGACUUGUCUCGAUCUAAUUUUGAAGAAACUGGAGAAGAUAAUCGGGAAGAAAUGAAGUCUAACCCUACAAAGAAAAAGCCUGGCUCCCGUGAAAAGAUCAAGGGUCAUGAUCCUUCCAGCUUGCAAUUGCAGUUUGAACAAAUUGCCAGGGCAGUAUCAUGUAAUGGAAAGACCCAGUUUAUCGAUAGGGAGCAGGGUAAAGUGGGAGAAGAUGCAAAUCCAAUUGAAACGAGCAUUUCUCAGAAGUUCGAAAACUAUGAAGCUACACAAGAGGACAGCCGUGCAAGGAGGAGUAAACGGGAUAUAAACCAUGGAUCAAACUUGAACCAUGUGAUCGGUGACUUAAUUAAAAGCGAGUCUUUGGUGGAAGGUGGUAAGUUUCACCUGGAGAGCAAUUUCAGGGAAGAUUCAUGUGGUCGCACGUCAUGGAGGGGUCAUGCUAGCCCUGUAAGACAAUGGAUGUCGAGAUUUACUUCCCCAGAUCUUGACAUAGCUGAAUCUUCGUCAAAAUGGGCACGGGGCUCAAAGGAGAAUACUUUGAAAGCGAAGCUACUUGAAGCGAGGUUAGAGGGGCAGCGAUCUCGCUUAAAAUCUUCCAAAGGUUCUUCCUAGGUUGAUGGAAACAAUUGGUUCAGCUGACAAAUGGAAUUCCUGCUAAAAAAAAGUUGUGGUUCAUUGUGCAUAUUGUCCAAGGUACUUCUCUCUAAAUUUGAGUGUAAUGAUGUGGUUUUUGUAUGCAAUAUCCUUUUUUCCCCCCAUUUCUGUAAUUUUGGGAUUUUCCUCUGUAUAUGAGAAUUAGUACAUGGUUACAGGCAGGUCAUUGUAGAGGUUUUAAGCCUAUGGCAUUCUA